AUGUCUGGCAAUAGUACAAUUGAAAGAUGGCUGGACAUUAUCGACAGUGAUGAUGGUAGGUCUACAGUUCGGGCAGAAAACGACAGAUACGCAGAUCGAAGAGAUGAGUCUGCUGAUCGAAGCCUUGGCGAACCAUCUCAAGCUUUACAUACCGGAUCUACUUCUAGACAUCGAGUUCAGCGGCAUAACCAUAGAACAACAGCUCACGAGAUGUACCACCUCGACAUGAAAGAUUCGACCGUAGAUCGACUGCUACCCAUCAAUGGUAGUUCGCCUCAUGGUCCAUACUCCGGAGCCGCGUCUCAGUCAAAUCUACCACGCCCAUUUUCAUCCGCAGCUUAUGCUACACAACGUCGGUAUCGAACACCCUCUCCAUCACCGCCCCCAUCGCCUCCACCACGUAUUAGAAUUAGCCGUCAACGUCCUCUCUUUUCGCCCCCUUACUCACCCCUCCGGAGUCAAAGCACUUUUACACCGGCCGCUAGAUUUCAAACGGAUCCCGGCUUGCCAUCUAUGCACCAUAGAAAUGAUUACACGAGUACUGCGAGACCAGAUCAAUAUACUGGUGCUCGGGGAGCUCAAAUACCUAGGUUUAGAACAGCUGAAGGAAAUGAUGCGUACAGAAGAUUCUUGAGAAGCGGAGCCGGAGAGAUAUAA